AUGGGUCUCUUCACCCGCAAAGGAAAACAUCAAGCUGAAGGAGAAGCCGGCGACGAAGAAGCAGCACCGGCUUCGGUGCCACCGGCGCCAUCCGCAACCCACCUCGCCCUCAUCGCCGAGCGAGAAGCAACCGCGUUGGCGCACAAGCGUGCCAACAAAGCCGAAGCAGCCUACCGCGUCCGACGUCGAGCAAAGACCGCAAGAACCGAAUACUCUGCCGCCAAGACGCAACUCAAAAUGUCCGUCAAGUCCUUCGGCAGCGGCGUCAAAUCUAGUGGUCGCUGCAUCUGGUACUCGCAUGCCGUGGUGCUUGAGAAGGUGGGGAAAGUGGAGAACAAAAAGGAGGAGAAAGCGAUUCAGAGGAGGCAAAGUAAGAGGGAGAAAUUGAGUGAGAAGGUGAAGAAGAUGGAGGAGAUGGAGAAGAGGAAGGAGGCGCCUCCUGCUGAGGAGGGAGGAGAGGAGGCAGAGGCGGAGGCGGAGGCGGAGGCGGAGGCGGAGGCGAAGGCGGAGGCGGAAGGAUGA